GUAGUGGAGCCGACCCUGCUCUCCAGCACCGGGACCCACGUGGAGCUGUUUUCCUUCAGGCUGACCUGCGGGAGAACAUGAAUAACAGAGGGGGAGGCUGGCUGGACGGCCGGUUAAAACAGAGAGUCCAACAGUAUCUGGCCUCCAGCAACAGGGAAUAUGUCGACCUGUCAGAAAUGGCCCUGGACCUUCAGAGACUAUACAGAAUGGACUACGGCAGAAGAAACAAGACGGCGUUCAGAAUCCAAGUGGAGAAAGCGUAUGACGCCGUGAGGAAGGACUCGGACCUGGAUGAGCUGGAGAGCAAACACUUGGCCAAGAAGGCCCGGAGCAGCCACAGUGAAGCUGGGGACGGCAGCAGCAGCAGCUCCGAGGGAUCCUCCGACGACACAGACGACCACAUCCAGGACAACACGCUCAACAGCUCCGUUACGUCUCUGUACCGGAGGGCCGGCGCGGGUCCCAGCAGUCCCAGCCAGAGCAACGCCCCCCCCAACCCUGCAGGGACCCUGGUGUCCCCCGGGGGCUGGUUCAUCGACAAAGGGAAGCCCCCCCCCAGGAAGAACAUCUGCAUCGACCUGUGCGGAGACGAGCCGGCUCAUGCAGCGGCUAAAGUGGACGUGGCGGCGCUGGAGCCCGAGAAGAGUCACAAAAAGUCCAGAAAAAGAGCCAAAAGUUCAGCCGAACCUGCGGAGACUCCCACCCUGAACAAGAAAGCUAAAUCUAAACCCCUUGAGCUUCAGUACCCGGCUCUGAGGUUUGAAGACGUGGGCGGUAACGAAGACACGUUGACGGAGGUGUGUAAGCUGCUGAUGCACAUCCGCCACCCGGAGGUGUACCAGCACCUGGGGAUGGUUCCCCCCCGGGGCUUCCUCCUGCACGGGCCUCCGGGCUGCGGGAAGACGCUGCUGGCGCAGGCCGUGGCCGGGGAGCUGCAGCUGCCCCUGCUGAAGGUGUCGGCCCCGGAGCUGGUGUCGGGCGUGUCCGGGGAGUCGGAGCAGAAGCUCAGAGAGCUGUUUGAUCUGGCCGUGAGCUCCUCACCGUGCAUCCUGUUCAUAGACGAGAUCGAUGCCAUCACUCCUAAAAGAGAGGUGGCCUCCAAAGACAUGGAGCGGAGGAUUGUGGCCCAGCUGCUGACCUGCAUGGAUGACCUGAACAGUCCGGCGGUGACGGCUCAGCUCCUGGUCAUCGGCGCCACCAACAGGCCCGACUCCCUGGACCCGGCCCUGCGCAGAGCCGGCCGCUUCGACAGGGAGAUCUGCCUGGGCAUCCCGGACGAGGCGGCUCGUCUCCGGAUCUUGAAGACGUUGUGCCGGAAGCUGAAGCUGCCGGAGGACUUUGACUUCCAGCAGCUGGCUCGGCUCACUCCGGGCUACGUGGGCGCCGACCUGAUGGCCCUGUGCCGCGAGGCCGCCAUGAGCGCGGUGAACCGGGUUCUGCUGGACCUGAGGGCCCGUCUGCAGGAGCCGGUCCGGAGUACCGACGAGGAGCUGGCGGCAGGCGGAACGGCAGGCGGAGCGGCAGGCGGAGCGGCAGGCGGAGCGGCAGGCGGAGCGGCAGGCGGAGCGGCAGGCGGAGCGGCAGGCGGAGCGGCAGGUGGAGCGGCAGGCGGAGCGGCAGGCGGAGCGGCAGGCGGAGCGGCAGGCGGAGCGGCAGGCGGAGCGGCAGGCGGAGCGGCAGGCGGAGCGCCGGCCCAGGCUGGGGAAGCUCAGCUGCAGCAGGGGGAGCUGUGGCAGCUGCUGGCUCUGCUGAAGGCCAGCGAGACGCUGUCGGAGGAGCAGCUGCAGGGUCUCUCCAUCCUCAUGUCCGACUUCAAGGAGGCUCUGUCCAGCGUGCAGCCGUCGGCCAAGAGGGAGGGCUUCGCCACGGUGCCCGACGUCAGCUGGGACAGCGUGGGAGCCCUGCACGACAUCCGGGAGGAGCUCACCAUGGCCAUUCUGGCUCCAGUCCGCUCCCCAGAGCAGUUCAAGGCUCUGGGACUCAGCGCCCCGUCGGGGGUGCUGCUGGCCGGCCCUCCGGGGUGUGGGAAGACUCUGCUGGCUAAGGCCGUGGCCAACGAGUCGGGCCUGAACUUCAUCUCUGUGAAGGGCCCGGAGCUGCUCAACAUGUACGUAGGCGAGAGCGAGCGGGCCGUCAGGCAGGUCUUCCAGAGAGGACGCAACUCGGCUCCGUGUGUCAUCUUCUUUGACGAGGUGGACGCUCUGUGUCCCCGCCGCUCCGGACACGAGUCAGGGGCCAGCGUGCGAGUGGUGAACCAGCUGCUCACGGAGAUGGACGGCCUGGAGGCGCGGCGGCAGGUCUUCAUCAUGGCUGCCACCAACAGACCCGACAUCAUCGACCCGGCCAUCCUGAGGCCCGGCCGUCUGGAUAAGACCCUGUACGUGGGCCUGCCGGGCCCAGAGGACCGCCACGCCAUCCUGCUGGCCAUCACCAAGGGAGGAUCCAAACCCCCGCUGGACCAGGACGUCAGUCUGGAGCAGAUCGCCUUCGACGAGCGCUGCGACUGCUUCUCAGGGGCUGACCUGACGGCACUAGUGAGGGAAGCGUCCGUCAACGCUCUGAAGGCCUACAGGAAGUCCCAGCACUGCGGCCACGCUGGUUCCUGCAGCUGCAUAUCUGACCUCAGGGUGAGCAGGCAGAACUUCGAGGACGGGUUCAGGGCCAUCCGUCCGUCUGUGACCAAGAAGGAUCAGAAGAUGUACGAGCAGCUGAAAGAGUCUCUCAGCAGAUGACACCAAAGCUGCACACCUGUAUCAUAGCGUCUUGGACAGAGCUGGACCAGAGAGCUGGGGUUGGAACUGGCCUGCAGAAACCCGGAGGAAGAGCCGUGCUGCUGCAGACGCCAACACGGACCGUGCCCUCCACACAGACGUGGGACGGUUCUACAGGAGCCGCUUCAGUCCGGGUUUGACUGCUGGUCCAGACACCGAUGGGACAUUCAUCCUGGUCAUGGAACCUGGGCUGUUCUUCCUGGCCAUCGGAACUUCAGAAACUCACUCAUUAAAAGACAAAAAAGGCCUAAAGAGAGAACAUCAUCGCCUCUCCAACAUGACACCGCCAGAUUAACUAGUGACGGGGGGGUGAUGAGCGCUUUGUGUCCAACUCUGUCAGAGAAUCAUCAAUGUGUUCAAAUUAAACAUUUGUGAAUGUAAAGUCUCACCAACGUUGAUCUAGUGUGUGUCAAAGUGAAGUAAGUGUGUGAUCCAAACCCCGGCCGCGUCCUGACACCCUCUGAAAAGCUGCAGCAGUUCAUGUCCAGGGCAGUGAGACCAGAGUCGUGGUCUGAGGGUGGACCUGACGCUGCGUCUUCCUGAGCAGCACAUUACACAUUAGCUUUGUCAGAGAAAAUCAUUUUCUUGAUGCUUGUCUGUAAAUCAACAACCAGACUGAUGACAAAGAACCAAGGCAAGUUUAUUUGUACAGCACAAUUCAACACAAGGUAAUUCAAUAAAAAUACUAAUUUAUUCUUGGUAAUAUUCAGAUUUAAAUUUCAUUAUAUGUCUUUUUUCUCUUUAGAUUCAUGAGCUUAUUCUCUAAUUAGUUUUAUACUUUUAAUAUUAAGACUUUU